CGCUGCCGGGAAAGAAGAGGAAGAUAUGAGGAUGAAGAGCGAUGUUGGUGACUGUGUGUCUAAUGUAGCUGUAGUUGUAAAUGAAAAUAGGAGUAGUCAUCGGAGUCUGUAUUAGGAAUGAGAAAAAGUUUAUUAGCUUAGCAAGCCUGAAUUCGAUGCGUUUUGUACGUUGAAACACGUUCAGGGGAAAGUGUAUGCCAUCUGUGAGGAAAAAUGGUAAGGUUAUAUGCGCUGUCGAUUUUGUAUAAAAAUCCCACGUCGGCGACUACGUUCAAAGCUGCCUACGACGUGGAGUCGUUCUCGUUUUUCCAACGGAGCAGUGUCAAAGAGUUCAUGACGUUUAUAAGCAAAACCAUCGUUGAGAGAACGCAGAAUUGUUCUAGACAGAGUGUGAAAGAAGCAGAUUACAUGUGUCAUGUAUAUGUAAGGGCAGAUAACCUUGCUGCCGUGCUUAUAUCCGAUCACGAGUACCCUAGGAGAGUAGCUCACACAUUAAUCACAAAAGUUAUGGAUGAGUUCACUGGCAGAUAUCCACAAUCUUCUUGGGAUACUCUGAGCGAAGCGUUGAUCGACUUCGCCCAGCUGAAUGUGUAUUUAUCCAAGUACCAGAAUCCUAACGAAGCUGACGCUCUCACCAAGAUGCAAAACGAUCUAGACGAGACGAAGAUCAUCUUGCAUAACACGUUAGAGGCUGUUCUUAAAAGGGGCGAAAACCUAGACGACCUGGUCGCGAAAUCGCAAGGUCUCAGCGCCCAAUCGAAAGCGUUUUACAAAACUGCACGUAAAACCAAUUCCUGCUGCAGUUUAGCUCCUUAAACGGCUCUCCAUUGGCAGAAUUACUUUCGCUGGCCACGUCAUGGUAAAUAUGUGUACGUAUGUAACUUGUUAAAGUGCAAAAUGAAAUAGUAUUACUAAACAGGUUUGAUUAAUGGGGAUAAUUUAUGAAUUUUAAUAGUAUGACAAAAUUCAAUAUUUUGUGUACAGAUUGUUUGUAUAUAGCAUCUAUGAAUGCACUUAAAUGGUAUAUUGAACUACUGCCGGAUUCGCGCGAUUUGUUUUAGUGUCUCUCUCUCUCUCUCUCUCUUUCUCUCUCUCUUUUUUCUCCCCCCUCUGUCUUGUUAUUUUAAAUGUAGCUAUGCAAGGAUAGCUUGCGUGUAAAAGUACAUUCCGUUUUAUCUUUUCUACGACGAGACUUUCGGAAACAAUGUGCAAGUACAACAAUUUUCGAUUUGUUUUUACCGGAUUGUUAAAAAGGAAACGUAUGAACCUGUAGUGCCGCGGAUCGAUACACGAAACCGUGAAGGCUUUAUUUGGUGUAUCUGUAAAUUAUUCGAUCGUAUCGGUGUACUCAAAGAAAUAACACGAAGCUAGUUAAAAGAGUAUUUAAUGCAAUGUUUAUGUGUGUGUACAUAUAAUAACUGCAUACAUAUGUGUAAUUUUGAAAACAUAUUUAUAUUUUUAACAUGUAUGAUUAUAAUACAAAACUGAAAUGGA